AUGACCGCUGAUGAUCAACAAAUAGAAUGCCCCUUUACUUGUCCAAAAGAGGAGGAAGACAGAGAUUUCGAUCUGGCAAAUGCCGAGCCAGAGGCCCCUUUGCCCCUCACUGUCACUUCAAGGGUGUUGUUCAUGUUGGGUGACAUUACAGCUGGGCCCGCCUAUCGGUUCGCGCAAUGGCUUGAGCUUGUCCGCAGGCGGAGCAGCAAGUACCGGGCCUCCGGCUUCCCGCACCGGCCGUAUUACUACGCCGAGAGUAGUAGUGCACCCAUGAGCCUAGAAGAAAAUAGCGUUGGUGUAAAAACUUCUCCACCGGAGCAAGCGACAGAAAUAAGUUUGUGGGAAAGACUUGGUAAAGCCGAUAUGUUGGACAUUGAAUCAAGCUCCUUUUCCUGGAAUGCACUGUCUUCUCUUCACCAUACAGAGCACAGCAGUUCUACUGAACAGUCUGAGGAUGAGAUGAACAAAGCACUCGAGGUUACUGUUAAUUCUGGUGGUGUUGUUUUCUUCGCCCUGUUUAGCCAACCGGAUUCUGAUGAAUCUUCUACUAGGGAAGCUGCAGCUGUCAUAAAGUUCUCAUCAUCAAGGAUGGCUACCCAAUCCGAACGGCUUGGCUAUGAAUUUGCCAAGUGGCUUGGUGUCCAAACUCCACAAGCUAGAGUGAUUCACAAUGCCAGUCCAGAGUGGCUGCAAAUUAAAGAGGCUGCAGAAAAAGCUAGGGAUGCCGCUACAGCAGAAGGGGAUGAAAUUGUUGAAAUGACUAGUUCAGAACUUCUGGAAGCUCUUGAGCUUAGUCGUUGUCUGCUCAUGAUGAAUUAUGUACACGGAUCUCCUUUACUAGAAAGCACAAGCGUUUUCGAGUCACGUGAAGUUGCAGAAAAGACUGCAGCAGCCCUUGGUAGAAUUCUCCUGUUAGACCUUGUCAUAAGGAAUGAGGAUCGUCUACCUUGUCGCCAUUUGAGAUGGCGUGGAAACUUUGCCAACUUGCUACUAGCUGAAAAGGCAUCCUAUGGAAAUGUGGACGCACUCGAGGUGGCCUUUGACUCUGCAAUCAAGAAAUACAGGCCCAAGGUAAUCCGAGCACUUCAAAAAGAACGAAGGGCAACUUCAGUAGACAGUCGGUUAAGCCCUCCUCAACCGGGACUUGUAUCACAGACUUCUGAUGUUUCAGAUAUAACAGAAUCAUCCCCAAAAUCUAGCAAUAUUAGUGUAAGGAGUCUCUCCCUGAACGAGUCAGCCUGUCAAGAUUUACACAUUGUGGCAAUAGACUCUGGGGUACCUCGAAGGCCACCAGCCGGGAAGCGUGCGAACGACCAGGAAAACUAUCCAAAACUAGUCGAGCUCCUCAUAAACAGCUCCGAAUAUGCAUCAGAACUCUUGCAUGAUAUAACCGGAGGUAAAUUAGGGACUUCAUCAGGAAAUGUCGAUCAAGCAACUGAUUUUCGCGAAGGCGAAAUGAAUUCAGUUGUGACAGGUGUGAGUGAAUUCAGACGCGGGUUCCGAGCUGCCCUCCGGGACUUGGAGGGAUUUCAUAUAUUCCUUAUUACCCUUCACCAGAAGCUUGAUGGCCUUUUGCGUGCUUUUCUUGGUAUAAUUAAUAAAUCAUCUUUUGGGGAGCUCGAGAAAGAAGAUCUGGUGGUCUCUGAAUCUCCACCACAGGUUAAAGGGACAGAGGCAAACUGUUCGUCCCCACCCAAUCGGGAACGAGUUCUUGGUGAUUGCUCUUCAGAUUUGAAUGAUUCAGAAUUAAGGCGAACACCUUUAAGGCCAUCAUCUGGAGGGCAUCGAGAAAGUUUAGAUAGUUGUUCCCCAAUGCCACGUGAAAGUUGUCAUGGGAAGUUGAGCAAGGGGAAUAAUGAGGUCUUUCGUAGCUUGAGGCUGACAUCAAAGCUCCGUGACUUCCACAGAUUUGCAAAGGUGGAUGCAGAGUUGAACAAAGAGUUAGAACAAUGGAAUGAUAUGCUUAAGAAUGAUGCAAUUAAACUGUGCCAGGAGAAUAAUUUCACCACUGGGUUUUUUGAAGGUAGCGAUAGCAAUUAUGUGGUCGACGCUUAUGAGUUGAAGGUCAGGCUGGAGCAUAUUCUUGAGAGAAUAGGCCUGAUAUCUGAUGCAGCAAACACAGAGAAGCCAUCGCGAAUCUCGGACUGUUUAUUUAUUGGCGGUGCACUUGCUGCAAGAUCAAUGUACACUUUACAGCUUUUAGGGAUUACACAUAUUUUGUGCUUGUGCUCGAAUGAGAUUGGACAGGCAGAUUCUCAGUUUCCUGAGUUAUUCAAGUACAAGAAUUUUUCGAUAUGUGACAAUGAGGACACCAACAUCAGCGACAUUUUCCAAGAAGCUCACGAUUUCAUUGAUCACGUCGAACAAUCAGGUGGGAAAGUGUUGGUUCAUUGCUUUGAAGGCAAGAGCAGGAGCGCAACACUAGUUCUCGCAUAUUUGAUGCUCAGAAAAAACUUCACUCUGUUGCAAGCAUGGAAUGCCUUGAAGCGGGCCCACCGUAGGGCCCAGCCCAACGACGGGUUUGCAAGGAUACUUGUGGAGUUGGAUAAAAAGUUGCACGGCCAAGUCUCGAUGGAGUGGCAGCAGAGGAGGCCAUCAAUCAAAGUGUGCCCUAUCUGUGGGAAAAACGCGGGCCUCAGCAGCAGCUCAUUGAAGCUCCACUUGCAGAAAGCGCACAAGAAGCUGUCGUCUGGCAGUGUGGACAGCGCCAUGAAUAUGGAAAUACAGAAGGCACUCGACGCUCUUAAAAUAAGUCGUGGUGGUAGCGUAAGCCCCACUCAGAGACUGUCUCACUCGAUGACUGACGAAUAA